CGUAUUAUUAUUGAAAUAAUUUCAAUUAUUAACACUCCGGAUUACAGUAAUGCUCCCUAUUACGGAUGCCGUUGUAUAAAAAAAGAAGAAGACGGUUUUUACUGCCUGAUUUUUGGCGCAGACAGGACCGAAAGACGUAUAAUGGGCAGCGUAUUUCAAACUCUUUCUUCUUCCUCCUCGUGUUUUUGCCAACACAUUAACAGUUCCGUUACUUCUUCAAUUUCUAUUCAGAGAGUAAGCCGUCAUCCUCCUCACCCUAUAAGUAUCACGCCGCCCCCACAUAUACGUUACAACAACUUCUGGUUUCUUUUCUUCCUCCACCGCCCCCUGACUCGAUAAUAAGCAUAUAUCACGCAGCAGAUUGCUAGAUUACAGUCAGAUCAUCCGUUACCGAUCAACUUCACUCCAGUGAAACUUUCCUGCAAAUUCUUCGAUCCAAGGUGAUCAAUAACAAAGAUACCUUUGGUUGAGGAGGCGAAUAAAAAGAGAUUUAUAAAAAUGAAUGAUCAAGAGUCAGAUUCUGGAUUCCUCAAUCUUUUCGAUGUAGACAAGUUCUUCUAUUAUUCAUAUGGAGAGAGUGGUCAGCCUGAAGCUGGAAUUGGUCAACAACAACAUGCUGAUGAUGACACAGUUUACUAUAACAACACCAAUCUUGAUGAGGAAAUCGCUCAUGCGUUGCAAAACCAGCUCUCAAUUACAGGAGAAUCUAGAGCUUACUAUAACGAAGGGUGUUAUCAUGGCCAGCAAUUCCCCAGCGAUGAUGGUGUCCAGUCAUGGCAGGUUAUUGAUGACUAUCCAUCUAAGGAUCAUUUUUCAGGAACUAAUAACGAAGUUCCAGAAGAGUCUAUUUUCUUUGAACCAUCUUCCUCUAGCCACCCUGUUGAAUACAGACAUUCAGGUGGUGAAGAACCCAACCAGGCAUUGGGAAUAAAAAGUGAAUCAGAGUUUGAUGCUGAUUUCACCAGGCAGCUCAAUGAAGUUGAUGUUGUUCCGCUUGUUCCUAGAAUAAAUACACAUAUACCUUCAGAGGAUGAAGCCACAUCUCAUAAAGAAAGGCUUCUAGACAGAUUGCAACGUUGUGGCCUGGUUGAGAACAUAGUUAAAGGGGAUGGGAACUGCCAGUUCCGUGCUCUAUCAGAUCAGUUGUAUCAGAUGCCUGAACAUCACAAUUUUGUGAGACAACAAGUUGUUAAUCAGCUUAUGAAUCACCCAGAGAUGUAUGAGGUGUAUGUACCAAUGGCUUAUGACGAUUAUGUGAAGAGGAUGAUGGAGGAUGGAGAGUGGGGUGAUCAUGUAACAUUAAAGGCUGCUGCUGACUUGUAUGGUGUGAAGAUUGUUGUCAUAACAUCAUACAAGGAUACAUGUUUCAUCGAUAUCCUUCCGAAGACGCAAAAGUCAAAUAGAGGUGAUCAAUAACAAAGAUACCUUUGGUUGAGGAGGCGAAUAAAAAGAGAUUUAUAAAAAUGAAUGAUCAAGAGUCAGAUUCUGGAUUCCUCAAUCUUUUCGAUGUAGACAAGUUCUUCUAUUAUUCAUAUGGAGAGAGUGGUCAGCCUGAAGCUGGAAUUGGUCAACAACAACAUGCUGAUGAUGACACAGUUUACUAUAACAACACCAAUCUUGAUGAGGAAAUCGCUCAUGCGUUGCAAAACCAGCUCUCAAUUACAGGAGAAUCUAGAGCUUACUAUAACGAAGGGUGUUAUCAUGGCCAGCAAUUCCCCAGCGAUGAUGGUGUCCAGUCAUGGCAGGUUAUUGAUGACUAUCCAUCUAAGGAUCAUUUUUCAGGAACUAAUAACGAAGUUCCAGAAGAGUCUAUUUUCUUUGAACCAUCUUCCUCUAGCCACCCUGUUGAAUACAGACAUUCAGGUGGUGAAGAACCCAACCAGGCAUUGGGAAUAAAAAGUGAAUCAGAGUUUGAUGCUGAUUUCACCAGGCAGCUCAAUGAAGUUGAUGUUGUUCCGCUUGUUCCUAGAAUAAAUACACAUAUACCUUCAGAGGAUGAAGCCACAUCUCAUAAAGAAAGGCUUCUAGACAGAUUGCAACGUUGUGGCCUGGUUGAGAACAUAGUUAAAGGGGAUGGGAACUGCCAGUUCCGUGCUCUAUCAGAUCAGUUGUAUCAGAUGCCUGAACAUCACAAUUUUGUGAGACAACAAGUUGUUAAUCAGCUUAUGAAUCACCCAGAGAUGUAUGAGGUGUAUGUACCAAUGGCUUAUGACGAUUAUGUGAAGAGGAUGAUGGAGGAUGGAGAGUGGGGUGAUCAUGUAACAUUAAAGGCUGCUGCUGACUUGUAUGGUGUGAAGAUUGUUGUCAUAACAUCAUACAAGGAUACAUGUUUCAUCGAUAUCCUUCCGAAGACGCAAAAGUCAAAUAGAGUCAUAUAUUUGAGUUUUUGGGCGGAGGUGCACUAUAAUUCUAUUUAUCCUCAUGAAGGAGGUAUCGACCACUCGGAUCAAGGGAUUCAUACUUCUGACGAAGUCCACUCUAGUUGCCCUCCUGCAGCUGCAAGUUCCCGUGUGCGAGACUUGAAGGUGAAGAAAAAGAAGUGGUGGAAUUUAUUAAAAAAGAAAUAGAGUUCAUUUGAUAAGUGCAUGUGAGACUCUGAAAAGGGGGUUGCUCCACAAAAAGCUCAAAGAUCGAAUCUUUAUUGGAGUUUUGUCAGUACAGGCUUGCCAGAAGAAUGAAUAACUCUGUGUUCUGUCCACAAAGCCACAGUGCUGAAAAGAAGAGGGAAAGAAAGACAAUGAAGUCAAAUGUGCCACCCUCAACCUGCUCUAUGUUUUCUUAUGACACACCAGGAGGGGCACAAUGUUUGUUUGGCAGAAGUGAAUGUUGUUGAGCAUGAAACCUUGUUUGGCUGCUGUGUAGAGGUUGAUAAAAGACUUCGAAUCAUCAAAUUAUUUGUUAGAUGAGAAACGGAGUGCAAAGCUUUCAGACUUCAAGUUAGCUAUACUUGGCCCGGUCCGCCCUCAAGAUGGACCAACUCAUGUCUCAAAUCGCAAUUGCUAGAAGACUCUCAAUUCAAAACACAUAUAAUUAAACUUUUGUACUUGAGUUUUACCGGGCAAAUGCAUUUUAUUGUUGUAUCGAUCCAAAUCCUAAUGAUAUUAAUAUAAGCGGUUUUCCU